GACGAGUGACUCACACUCACUGCAAUAUUCUUCCCAUGCUACUGUGCACACGCUGAUCACCGCAGAGGCGAGAUGAUAAAAGACCACAGCUUUUACUGCGCACACGAGAUUAAAUAGGUGGAAGGAAUUUGUAGAUAUGCGUAGGAGCAAAGGAAAAGACAGGGAGUAGGACGUCAGGGUUGGCUCCAUGUUGUGGGUGUUCAAGGGUUGCACAUUCGCUGCCUUCCCUCAGGCCUCAUCUCAUCAUCUGCGAUAGAUCUCUCUCUCUCUCUCUCUCUCUCUCUCUCUCUGGAGGACUGCUUUCCUUUUCUUCUUCCUACGGCGUUUGUCCGUCUUUUUCAAUUUUGUGUAUCGGUUAGCUUUUGGAUUUACCUCAAAAUUUUUACUAGGUUUUUGUGGCUUUGUCUUUCUCUUGACAAGCAAUUCUGUAUAGUCCUUUGCAGGUGACAUCUUGUUCUUAUCCUUUCCACUUGAAUUGCUCCCUUGUUUUUAUUUUCCUGGUUUCGAUCUCAAGGAUCUGAAAUCUUCCUCAGUAUCCAGGUUUUCCUGCACACAAAAAUCCCAGAGAUGUGUUGUUGCAUCAGGACCACCUGUUUUUUUGUGUGUAUGUUUUUGUGGGAUAUCCCUUGCAGAUGCGUGUCAGGACAUGGAGUGAUGAUGUCUCUUUUCCCAUAGCUUCGCCAUCCUCAGUGCUUUCUUUUUGCAGAUGUGCUACGCAUCUAUAGAUCUGCUCGCUUUCUUCGGACUGAUCGGUGCUGUGUCAUCAGCCCUAGCUAGCCUCUGAUCGUUUCCUCUCGUUCCAGAACAAACCAACGCACUGUACAGCAUCUUGGGAGACGAUCGAAGGGAUGCUAAUACACCAACACCAACUGGUGGAUGAGAACAUGUCGAAUCUUACCUCUGCCUCCGGGGAAGCAAGCGUCUCUUCCAACCACCAGUCUACCUUCGCCUCCCCAAACCCAAAUCCACCAAAGAAAAAGAGGAACCUGCCGGGAAAUCCAGACCCGGAUGCCGAGGUGAUAGCAUUGUCCCCCAAGACGCUGAUGGCGACCAAUAGGUUUGCGUGUGAGAUCUGCAACAAGGGAUUCCAGAGAGACCAGAACCUGCAGCUCCACCGGAGGGGCCACAACCUCCCAUGGAAGCUGAAGCAAAGAAGCAGCAAGGAGGUGAGGAAGAAGGUUUACGUAUGCCCAGAGGCGACGUGUGUGCAUCAUGACCCUUCAAGGGCACUCGGCGACCUUACUGGGAUCAAGAAGCACUUCAGCAGGAAGCAUGGGGAGAAGAAGUGGAAGUGCGACAAGUGUUCCAAGAAGUAUGCUGUUCAAUCCGACUGGAAAGCCCACUCCAAAAUCUGCGGCACCAGGGAAUACAGAUGCGAUUGUGGCACGCUAUUCUCGAGGAGGGAUAGCUUUAUCACACACAGAGCCUUUUGUGACGCAUUGGCGGAAGAAAGUGCGAGGGCUAUGGCAGCAAACCCGUUUGCCAAUCACCUAUUCUCACAACCUACAGCUUCCUGUGAGACCUCCACUGUCCAAGUCCAACCAACCAUACUCCGGAGCCAGUUCCCCCACAUGAUGAGAGCCAAUGAGGCCAACACCAGCAUCGUCAGCGGCCAUGGGAUGCAAGGGGAGCUCUCACCGGAAAGAGAACACCAGCCUCGACAGUUCGACAUGAGAUCGAAUAUCCCGCCAUGGCUAACUUGCCAGGGACCCAUAACCACCUCCCUGAACCACUUGGACCUCCCUUCUUCUUCUUCUGUCUACUCCGUAAGGUUGCAACAGGAGUACUCACGUGGGAACCCCCAAGUUCACCGGCCUCCUAUUCCUCCAGCCUUCCAAGCCUCGGCCUCGUCUCCUCACAUGUCAGCUACGGCAUUACUCCAGAAAGCAGCCGAGAUGGGUGCAACCAUGAGUAGACCUAAACACCUAGGUCUGAUGGCAGCUCACGCUACGAGUUCUGCUGUUCCGCCCAACAACAACACUGCCAGCUUUGCUUUAGGCUUGUCUUCGCACCAAGAAAUGGGUAAUUGUUCCGGCGAUGGUGAUGCUAGUGGAGGGAGGGGAGGCGGUGUAAUUGGUGGCUUUGGGCAAGAAUCGCCUCCACUCCUUCUUCAUGACAUGGUUACGCCCUCUCUCUCCUCGACUCCAGGUUUCGAUGGGCCUUUCGAGGAUGCAUUCAGGGGGAUGCUGGAAUCAAAGGGGGAAGCAAGUAAUAACAGCAUGGGGGGCUUUGCAAGAAGCCACGGAAUGGUUGAGGAAGGAGGUGGUGGCAGCGGUGGGAACGAUGGGAUGACCAGAGACUUCUUGGGACUGAAACCCUUUCCCGAAAGGGACAUACUCGACUUGACAGCGUUUGAUCCUUGCUUGGGCUCCUCCUCCUAUGAGCACCACCGACAAAGCAAGAAGCCAUGCCACGGACAGCUACUCCCGGAAAUGUAGUAUGGUAAUUCUAUAUAUUGUUCAUCCAGUCUCCGCCUUCUGUCAAUAUCUGUGGUCAAUUCUCCUAAGAUUAGAAUUGCACUGCCUCUCUUAAUUUGUUGUGUCAUAUCCAAGUUUCGACCUUUAGCUCUGUAAUAAUCUCUGUUAUGUACUCCUUUUGAAAUAAUUAGAUUUCUCCUCCAACUGAAAAAAUAA